UUCAUUUCUCAAAAUUAAACAUUUCUCACACUCUGUUUGGCAUCAACUCUUUGAACAGAAUCAAUCUAAACGAAAGCUAGGGUUAGGAUUUUAAUUUUUGAUAGAAGGAUGAGUUCUACUGGCGGUACAACAAAGGGAGGCCGAGGCAAGCCGAAGGCAUCGAAGUCGGUGUCGCGGUCCCAUAAGGCGGGGCUUCAGUUUCCUGUCGGUCGUAUUGCUAGGUUUUUGAAAGCCGGAAAAUACGCCGAGCGUGUCGGUGCCGGAGCUCCCGUGUACCUCUCCGCCGUGCUUGAGUACCUCGCUGCUGAGGUAUUGGAGCUUGCUGGAAAUGCGGCGAGGGAUAACAAGAAGAAUCGUAUUGUGCCGAGGCACAUCCAGUUGGCUGUGAGGAAUGACGAGGAGCUGAGCAAGCUUUUGGGCUCAGUUACAAUUGCUAAUGGAGGUGUUUUGCCCAACAUUCACCAGACUCUGCUUCCCAAGAAGGUGGGCAAAGGAAAGGGAGAUAUUGGCUCUGCUUCUCAGGAGUUCUAGUUUGUUUUUUUUAGGGUUUACUAAUAUUUAUUUCUCUCUACGCCCUUGUAAUAUAAAAAAAAAAAAAAAAUGAUGGGAUUUUUGGUUAGCUGGCAACAUGGAUUUUGAUAUGUUCAGGUUUCAUAAGUAGCUUUGUGAUUAAUCAAUAUGCCCAUGAGAUAUUUUACCUUUUUUCCUAAUUGUUUACUGGAAUUUUUUGCUUUA